GGGGCACUCAAUGCACUAGAAUUUCUAGUGGAAACACAGUGGUGAGCGAAGAGGCCGCUGUGAUAGAUACGCAAGCAGCUUGCGUUGAAGUGUGCAGUGUGGAUAAAGUAGAGAUGAUACGCGUUGGAACCUGAGACCGUCUCUCCGAGGAGUAAGCGCAAAGGAUUUUCUAGUCAUACUGUGGCCUCAGAGAGUGGUGGAUUUCACUGAACAGUUAAUGCUGCUUCAGAAGUUUGGGGGUGCCUCAAGGAAAAAGAGACCUGCUUUGUGAAAUCCCUUUGUAUGGGCCCUUUUAUCUUUUGGGAAACAAGGAGUUGAUGGAAUUAAGAGGCUCGGCAGAGGUGCAGCUCACCACUCAGAAGUGUGAAGGUAUAUGACAAAGCUUUGACACUAUGUUUAAGAGAUUAACAGUGCUAGGUGGAGUUGGGGGGGUUUGAAUUGAAGCCACAGAGAAGAACAAGACAAAAAGAGAAAGCACAGAGGCCAGCCCUCAUUCCUUUUAGGAAACAAGCCAGUUUCAGCGUGAGUAUAUAAAUGGAAGUUUAACAAGCGCUGGGAAAUCGUAAGUGCUGUAUGCUUUCUCACUCUGGCCACGCCACACCAAGGAUAGCAUUCUGAAUCACCUAUUUCAGGUAAAUAAUUAAGACAAUGGUAAGCCACUGAAAUUGAUGAGCAUUGAAGAAAAUGGGAGAAUGUUUGGGCAAUUCAUUGGAGUUACUAUCUGAUCAACUGUAAGUUUAAAGCCAACAAGACUAGACUUAGAUGAACUUGUGGAACUGCUGCUCUGAUUGCCAUUUGUUCAUGCUUUGUAUCAUAUUCUUGUGGACUAAUAAUUACUGUAUCUACUCUUAUCUAACUCCAUACCCCAUCAUCAAGGGUCCUUGAAAAUCUGUGAAAUUCUUGUUUCUGGACAUAUUGCACUUCUUGAGGCAAGAAGGGAACCACUUCACAGUUAAGUCAUUUGCAAAUUUCAGUUGGGAACUCUUUAAGUCCCAAGCCAGCAAAGCCUAGUGCAAGACACCUCAAGAGACCAAGCUCUACACUCUGAAAUAUCUGCUACCAUGGAUACCAGCUUUGUAAAUUCCGAUCUUGAUGCUCUUAGAAACCACCCCAAAAGUGCUGAAAGUGACAGUAAAGUUUACGGUUUUCCAUCUGCCAAAGGUGAUCAUGUAGGGCAGAACUUGGAGAAUCGUAAUGACUUGCAGAAAGUACAGCCUAAUCUGAAGCCAGAAAGUGACAGCAGUGGCCAGAGUGUAAGCCCUCCGGUGGCAAAAGGACUAGAAAAUCUGAGUGUGGUGGAAGAUGCCCAGAGCCAGACAGACCAUGGUGAGCCCCGCUCCAGGCCCACAGGGCAAGGAGAAACACAGGGAGCCGAUUCUGUUUUGCGUGGCUUCCUCCGAAAGAAGUUGCAUCGCUCCUCUGACCGCUCAGUAUCCAGUUCCUCUGCUUCCUCAUUAAACUAUUCCUCUCAGGAGUCUGAUGAAGUCUUCAGUGAAGAAGAGGACAAACCCGACAAAAAGAAAAUACUGCGGAAGACAAAGUCAUGGAAAACCUUUUUUACCAUGGUUCACUGGUCCUUCAAGAGACAGAACUCCUGGGUCCAGUUGGCAGGUCAUGAGGGUAAUUUCCGCCCAAGUGAGAGUGGUCAGAUCUUGAAAAAGUUUAGUGAGGUGGAGAAUGCAUGCCUGGUAAAGCUCAUGGAAGAUGUCCUUAAGCCCUUUGUCCCUAAUUACUACGGAGUGACUACUUGGGGUGAAGUCAAAUAUAUAAAGAUGGAGGACCUGCUUAGUGGAUUGGAAGCUCCAGUUAUAAUGGACUGUAAGAUGGGAGUCAGGACAUAUCUGGAGGAUGAGCUGAUCAAGGCACAGCAGAAGCCAUCCCUUCGGACUGACAUGUACGAAAAGAUGCUGAAAGUGGAUCCUAGUGCCCCAACAGAACAAGAGCAUGCCCAGCGUGCUGUGACCAAGCCACGAUACAUGCAGUGGAGGGAGACCAUGAGUUCUACAGCUACUCUGGGUUUCAGGAUUGAAGGUGUCACGACGGACAGUGGCAAGGUGAUGAAGGACUUUAAGAAAACCAAGACGAAACAGCAAAUUAUUGAUGCUUUUGUGAUGUUCACCAAGAGCAAACAACAACUCUUGAGCUCAUAUCUGGCUCGCCUCCUGGACCUGGAGAACAUCCUGAAGACAUCAACGUUCUUCAAAACCCAUGAGGUAAUUGGCAGCUCCCUUCUUUUUGUCCAUGACCAGAAAGGAAAGGCAAAUGUGUGGAUGAUCGAUUUUGGCAAGACUGUUCCCAUUCCCAGUGGUAGGACAUUAUGCCAUGAUUUACCUUGGGUCGAGGGAAAUCGAGAGGACGGCUACUUGAUUGGCCUGGGCAAUCUAAUCCAGACUGUCCGAGACACACUACGUCAGAUCCAAGAGGUUGCAGAGUUGGAGGAAACUGACAUGGAGACAGUUUCCAGCAUCAAACAAGAAAUGCCAGCCUUUGAAAGGAGGGCAGCUGCCAAUGAGUGCUAAGGAUGUGUAGAAUGAGGGCUAGGAAACAAAGGACACCGGAAGCAAAGUUUAGCUGUAGCAGUCAAAUUCUGCACUCACAGACCACAUUCAUUCUAAGUAAAGACAAUGAAAACUGAGGGGCAAAAAAACUAAUGUGGGUUGUCAAACAAAAGUUUCAGUUCCCUUCUGGGAAUGGGGUUUUACUUUAUUAGCAUAAUUGGGUGGAGAAUUAUGGUGGUAAAGACAAAUAUACAGGCUGGGGAACAAUUAAUACAUGUUAAGUACUGAUGAGCUGGACUUGGGAUUUUAGAAGCAGCAUAAGUAAACCUGGAGUAAAUUUUAAAAGCUGAGCUGGUCACAGCUGGGGAGGAUUUGAUUCAUUCAGCUUGGGGGGAAAGGGAGUUUUAGUACUUAAGUAUUAUUAUAGGGAACAUGGGUACAAAAUAUAUAUAUAUAUCUCUGUUUGGGUUUUAUUUAUUUAUUGAAAAAUGACAGUGGCAUUGCAAAAUGUAGAAAGAAAUAUGUUCUCUCAUCUAAUAUGACUGUGAUACAUGGUGUUUUGGAGUAUUUUCUCACCCUGAUUUGGUGUUUUAAAUUUAAUUUCAUUACAAAUCAGUUCCUAAACUGAGACAGUACACGUGUUAUAUGAUAAUUGGUCUGCUCACUCUUCUACAAGCCAAAAGAAGCAAAAGCAUUCCACACAAAAGUUACAGAGCUGCCCAGCCCACCAGGCCCACAUAAAAGCUGCCUCUAUUUGGCCUAUACGCUCCGAUUUUUUCACCAUUAGACUUAAUAGAACAUCAGCCUAUGGUUUUUAUUAUGCCCCCCAUGGGGGCCAUAUGUGUGGCUCAUGGUGUCAUACAUAUUAUUGUCUGAAAUGCAGGCAGCUAUUUAAUACCCUGUAACUAUGUCCAUGUCCCCUUAUGGUCUCCUAAGAUGCUGUUAAUACUACAUUUGUUUCAAGAAGCUGGGGUUGUUCAGAUGUGUUAAUGUGACCAUGAAUGACCACCUUUUUAUUUAAUGCCUGGAUGGAAACAUUGUUUCCAAGAAAAUGCCAAGAUGUGAAGUUUUAUCUGAAGAAGAAGAAACAUUUUUCAUCUACACGUAAUCAGCCAGUAAGUGUAUUUUAGCAACAGCAAAGCCAAUGAUAUUUCUGUACCUCUCAGUAUGAUAGUCCACUAAAAGACAAGCAUGGAUUGGGGUUUUAAAUACUAGAGUGCAGUGAUUGCUGCAAGUAUUACUAGUAUAUUUACAUGGGUGCAAAUAUUUAUCCUGUUAUUGAAUAAAAUGCAGAACUGAAAACUGCAA